AUGCCUAUGGAGCAAGCUCAGGCUAUUGGGAAUUUUCCUCGACAGAGCAACAAUAACCCUUACUCCAAUUCCUUUAAUCAAGGGUGGAGGGAUCAUCCCAACUUUUCUUGGAAGAAUGAUCAGCAAGGCCAAUCUUCAAGCCAACAACAGUCAUUCCAACAACAGCCACAGGGGUUCUUUCAGCCAAGAUUUAGGCAGCAGCAACAACCCCAACUGCCCACUCAUCAUCAGCAGCAACAAAAUUCUGGUGGAAAUUCUAAUGCUCAGUCAGAUGUGUUAAACCAAUUCAUGGCUGAAACUCGGUCUUCUAUUAGAAAUUUGGAGACCCAAAUGGGGCAAUUGGCUACUCUCAUGGCUAAUCGUGCCCAAGGUAACUUGCCUAGUACCACUGAAGUGAAUCCAAAAGAGAAUUGCAAGGCAAUCACGUUAAGAAGUGGGAAGAAUUAUGAGGGACCAAGUGAGAAGCAACCAGUUGAAGAAGCGGGUCAAGAUCAACAGGCACAGGCACCGACACAAGAGGAAAAGAAGCACAGUGAGAAAAAGGCUACUGAAGGCAUAAUAGCAAAAGAAGCUUCGCCACCAAUCAGUAUUGAGCAUCACAUAAAGAUUCCCUACCCCCAAAGGCUCCGUAAGAACAACAUGGACAAGCAGUUUACUAAAUUCCUGGAAGUAUUCAAGAAACUGCACAUCAACAUUCCCUUUGUGGAGUCUUUAGAGCAAAUGCCGAGCUAUGUCAAGUUCAUGAAGGACAUCUUGUCCAAGAAAAGGAAGAUGGAGGACUUUGAAACUAUGGCAUUGACGGAAGAGUGUAGUGCUAUAUUGCAAAAGAAGCUCCCCCCUAAACUGAGAGAUCCUGGGAGUUUCACAAUACCAUGCAUUAUUGGGAGAAUUGAGGGAAUAAAUGCUCUUUGUGAUUUGGGGGCCAGUAUCAACCUGAUGCCAUUGUCAGUUUUCAAGAGAUUGCAACUUGGUGAAGCCAAGCCCACAACUGUAACUUUGCAACUAGCUGAUCGUUCGUUGGCACAUCCAAGAGGGGUAAUUGAAGAUGUCCUGGUCAAAGUAGACAAGUUUAUUUUUCCUGCCGAUUUCAUAGUUCUUGACAUGGAAGAGGAUAGCAAUGUCCCCAUUAUCCUUGGGAGACCCUUCUUGGCAACAGGCCAAGCACUCAUAGAUGUUCAGAAGGGUGAGUUGAAGUUGAGAGUGCAAGGGGAAGAAGUUGUGUUCAAUGUGCUCAAGGCCAUGACUUAUCCAGAAGCUAGUGACAAUUGCUUUUCGGUGGACGUAAUGGGUAAUUUAGUGGAAGAGAGAAAACUGAUAAAUGAUCCUCUUGAGUUAAGUUUGGUUGAAGAUGAAGUUAGUGAUCAAGAUGGAAAGGAAGCUAUGGAGUACGCAAAAUGGCUUAAUUCUUAUGGGCCAUUGAAGAGGAAAUACUUUGAAGAGCUUGGAGCAGUACCAAAAAGGUCAUUGCCUUCAGUUGAGAAACCCCCAGAGUUAGAACUGAAGGUACUUCCUAACCAUCUGAGGUAUGAGUUUUUGGGUGAAAACAAGACACUUCUGGUUAUAGUUUCAGCUUUACUUUCUGAUGUGGAGACUGAAAAAUUGUUGAGAAUUCUGAGAGAGCACAUGAAGGCCAUUGGGUGGACUUUGGCAGACAUCAAGGGGAUCAGCCCCUCUACUGUUAUGCACCGAAUUUUAAUGGAGGACGGAGUCAAACCAACCAUAGAUGCCCAAAGAAGACUCAAUCCGCCAAUAAAAGAAAUUGUGAGAAAGGAAGUGGUGAAGUGGUUAGAUGCAGGGGUAGCUUACCCAAUUUCUGACAGUGAGUGGGUGAGUCCGGUUCAGGUAGUACCUAAAAAAGGGGGGAUGACGGUAGUGAAGAAUGAGAAGAACGAGUUAGUUCCAACAAGAACUGUUACAGGUUGGAGAAUAUGCAUUGACUACCGCAAACUUAACAUGGCAACAAGGAAAGACCAUUUUCCCCUUCCAUUCAUUGAUUAG